CCCGCGAGAAUUCGAGCGCAGUGCCGGCGGGCCGGCACUGAUGGGGGACCCAGCUCCUCCUCCGCAGCUGCUGGCCCAGGUGCUAAGCCCCUCACUGCCCGGGGCUGGCGGCACCGGCCUGCCGCUCCGAGUGCCGGCAGCGGAGCCCACGCCCACCCGGAACUCACGCUGCCCCUCGAGCGCCGCGUGCAGCCCCAGUUCCCGCCCACGCUUCUCCCUCCACACCUCCCCGCAAGCAGAGGGAGUCGGCUCCAGCCUGGGCCAGCCCAGAGACGGGGUCCCACAGUGCAGCGGCAGGCUGAAGGGCUCCUCAAGAGUGGCCAGAGGGGACGGACGCCAAGGCCGAGGAGGUGCUGAGAGCGAGAGAGGGCCGCCAGCACGUUGUCACCUCUCAAAACGACCUUGGCAGAUGCCGGCUAUGGGUCCUGAUGCGUGGAUGCUGACAAAAAUUGUACAAGAGAAUUUAUGAAAAAAAACAACAGAGACAAAUGGCAAAAAAUAUUUGAAGUACUUUUUCUUGAGCUGGCUCUUCUCCAAAUGACAACUGAUAAUUAGGGUCCCAGCUGGAUAACCUAGGAGGAGAUAGAGAAGCUUCCUCGACAGGUCACCGCCACACUUAAUGGGGAGAGCAGAUUACUGAAAGGCACGAACGUGAACAGCAUUAUCCUUCAAGCAAGUAUCCACCUGCCCAGACAAUCAACCUGACUUUCUAUGACUUCUCAAUAAAUGAAGCUCACUCCACUAACCCAAAGGUAUUUGAGGUCCAGAAGAUGAUGGGCAAGAUGAAAAACCUGAUCAACUGAAGAAAAAAAGAAUCAGAAGUACAGCCAGGACCAGAUGCUGAAGAAGAUCAAUUUGAUGUGGAUUCAUAGACUCUAUGGGAUAAAUCAGGCAACAAAGCCAGUGGAAAUUAAGAAGCAGGCAGAAGCAGAGCCAGGAGGUACACAGCUGAUUUAGCAUCUUUAUAGCUAUGAGUUUUCUUUUAAGCUCAUUCCCCUCUAAGAUACAUCUAUUGGUUUUGAAGUUACUGCUCCCUGAGACCAAUCUCAAUGGCGUUCUUGAACUUGAAAUAAAAAAGAUCUGCAUCCUCCUUCCAGCUCUGACAUGUAUUAGCUGCAUAAACCUAGACAAAAUAUUUAUAUUAUUUGAAUUAUA